UUGUGACAGCUUGAACAGGCUCUUCGCCUCACUAGGACGGUCGCUAAUACAAAGUGUUCACAUGACAGACAGAUAACCUCAUCUCCAACAUGUCCAGUGAUACAAACAUGUCGUCGGCGGAGGUCGUUCUGGGUUUCCUGGAGGAGGCGGAGCCAUGGCGGCUUCUGUCCCCACAGUUUCCCAGUAAAGUCGGGGGGACACCGGCGUGGCUCAGCCAGAGAGGCCUGCCCUCUCUGCCCGGGCUGGAGUGUGAGAUUUGCCGCCUGCCUAUGGCCUUCCUUCUGCAGGUGUACGCACCAGUUUCUGGUCAGGACAGAAGUUUUCACCGAACACUCUUCCUGUUCUGCUGCAAAACUCAUGAGUGCUACACAUGCAAUGACAGCCGCUGUAUGAAAGUUUUCAGGAGUCAGCUACCAAGGAGGAAUGAGUUCUACCCCUUCGACCCUCCACCAGAGGAUGAACCUCCCACUGAGCCUGAGCAGGACCAGAGUGUACUGCCUGUCUCCGGAGUUAAACUAUGCUGGGUGUGCGGUUGCCCCGGCAACAAAGCCUGCUCCCGCUGUCACACUGUAAGCUACUGUGGAAAACACCACCAGACCCUCCACUGGAAACACACACACAAGCGGGAGUGUUGCAGCCAAGAAGCGUCCAUUGUCACGACCUCGCCCUUCCUCUUCCCUGAGUUUGAGCUGGUCACUGAGCCUGAGGAGGAGGAGCAGGAGGAAGAGAAAGACACAAAGGUGGCUGCAGAAGAAGAGGAAGGGGGUGUAGAUUGUCCCUCCUUAGCAGACACCCUGGCGGAGACAGACCUGGAGGACAUGGCUAUGCAUGAGACUGAAGACAACAAAGUGUUCCAGCGGUUUAAAAAAAGGAUCGCACCAGAACCACACCAGGUGGUUCGUUACAGUCGAGGGGGCUCUCCCUUGUGGGUCUCAUCUCAGCACAUCCCCUCAGAUCAGGAUAUCCCAUCAUGCACCUGCGGCGCCAAGAGGACUUUUGAGUUUCAGGUGAUGCCCCAGCUGUUAAACAGUCUGUGUGUGGACUCGACAGGAGCCAGCAUUGACUGGGGGACUCUGGCCAUCUACACAUGCUCUGCCAGCUGUAACCAUGACGACCAGUACUGCACAGAGUUCAUCUGGAAGCAGGACUUCAGCUCAGAUCAACACACACAGAUUAAACCUACUUAAUGUUUUCAUGGCAGAUCUUCAAAAUCUGUGUUUGAAGCAGAUUCUGUUUUUUUAAUGAAUAGUUGUAAAUGUGUCUGUGCACUGAGUGUGCUAUGUACAAGUUCAUUAAAUCUGUGAAAUGUUCAGAUAAUCAAACAAGAAUUCUGGAUGCAGCCCAGUAUUUAUGGUUUCCUGACACUUCCAAACCUUUUCUGAUAUACAUUUAAAUUGUGGCUGUUAAUAACAAUUCAUCAGUGUUAUGUCUGACUUCUGUGUUCAGUGGGUUAUGCACCAUCAGUGGUACACACUGUUUAUACAGUAGGUCUGUUGGAACCGAGGAAAAUAUGACCAUGUGCCUUAUUAUCACACAAUAAAUCUUUUAACAAAGCUGUCUGAACAAACUGGCCUAAUAUCUGAUAUUAGCCACCAUGAGAAAGCAUAUAAGGCUGCAGCAGCAAAUUUAACUGAGCAAAGGUGAGUCAGUCAUUUGAUUGCUUAUAAAUGAAAUGUUUCAUUUGGAAGACAAACCUUUGUUUUUUGUCAUGAAUUACAGUCUCGCUUACAGUGAAGGCUGCAUUUUGACUAAAGUC